CUGUCAAUUAUUGUCAAGUGGUGUAGGUAAAGUGUACAUACUCGUUGUUAUCUGCUUAUUUUUUAUUUAAUUUAAAGGUGUUCAGUAUAAUUCCGUAUAACUAAUUAAUGAACCCCAAAUAUCUUUGGAUAAGACUGUAGUAACGAAUUAAGAUGGCAAGGAACGCAGAGAAGGCUAUGACCACAUUAGCCCGAUGGCGGGCAGCACAAGUGCAAGAAGCUGGCGGUCAGAGGGAGCGCAGACCAUACCUUGCUUCAGAAUGCAAUGACCUUCAACAGGCAGAAAAAUGGAGACUACAGAUUGUGAGAGAAAUCGCAAAGAAAGUAGCGCAAAUACAGAAUGCUGGUUUAGGUGAGUUUCGAAUACGGGAUCUCAACGAUGAGAUAAAUAAAUUGAUGAGGGAGAAACGUCACUGGGAGGUGCAGAUCAAAUCCCUCGGAGGGCCGGACCAUGCGCGCGUGGGACCGAAAAUGUUGGACCAGGAUGGGAAAGAAGUUCCAGGGAAUAGAGGUUAUAAAUAUUUUGGUGCUGCAAAAGAUCUACCAGGUGUCCGUGAGCUAUUCGAACAAGAACCGCCGCCGCCUCCGCGCAGAACUCGCGCGGACUUGAUGCGUGACGUGGACGCGGAUUACUACGGGUAUCGAGAUGAUGAAGAUGGUCUAUUGAUACCUUUAGAGCAAAUUGCUGAAAGAGAGGCCAUAGCACGAGCAGUGGACGAAUGGAAACGAAAUAAGGAAGAAAAUAAAGAGCAGGAUGUACCAGAGGAAGAGAAUAUAUAUCCUGAAGAUCCCGAAGAUAAGCGAAUAGAAGAUGACAGUGAUUCAGAAAAACCAGUAUCACAUGUUGCAGUGCCGUCACAGAAGGAUGUAGAAGAAGCGCUUCUUAGAAGAAAGAAACAGGAGCUUCUAGAAAAAUACGGGUGUUUAGACGUUAAAGUCGAGGAGAGCUGACGUAGAUUGUAAUUUAGGGCUUUAAGAAUAUAAUAUUUUUCAAAUA